CCUCGGCUCCGCCUCGCCUCGCCAUGGUGGAGCAGGGAGACGCGGCGCCGCUGCUGCGCUGGGCCGAGGGCCCCGCGGUCUCUGUGCCGCAGGACCCCGCGCUGCAGACGGGAGGAUGGGCCCGGGGCGGCGGUGGGAGCGGCCAAGCGGCCGCGGAUGCGCCCCGAAGGCGGGAACCCGACGAGCCAGCACCCCCCGAAGUGCUGCUGCAGCCCGGGCGUCUGGAGCUGGGCGACGUGGAGGAGGACCAGGUGGUGGCUGUGUUCGUAGUCACCUUCGAUCCCCGCUCGGGAAACAUGGUAGAAUGGUGCUUACCACAAGACAUUGACCUUGAAGGUGUUGAGUUCAAGUCUAUGGCCAGUGGGUCCCAUAAAGUUCAGUCUGAUUUCAUCUAUUUUCGGAAGGGGCCCUUCUUUGGCCUGGCCUGCUUUGCCAACAUGCCUGUGGAGAGCGAGCUGGAGCGCGGCGCCCGGAUGAAGUCUGUGGGUAUCCUCUCUCCAUCUUACACCCUGCUGUACCGCUAUAUGCACUUUCUGGAGAACCAGGUUCGACACCAGCUGGAGAUGCCGGGACAUUACUCUCAUCUGGCUGCAUUCUAUGAAGACAAGAAAGGGGUUCUCCAUGCUGGCCCCGGAAGGGGUGGCAGCUUACCGCCCGUCUACUGGCUGCCUUCCAUCCACCGCUACAUGUACCCUGAGAUGAAGAUCACACACCCAGCUGGCUGCAUGUCUCAGUUUAUUAAGUUCUUUGGAGAACAAAUCCUCAUUCUUUGGAAGUUUGCCUUACUCCGAAAGCGCAUUCUGAUAUUUUCUCCCCCACCUGUGGGCGUCGUGUGCUACCGAGUGUACUGUUGCUGUUGUCUGGCCAAUGUCUCACUGCCUGGCAUUGGGGGCACCAUCCCCGAGUCGAAGCCUUUCUUCUAUGUGAACGUGGCUGACAUUGAGAGCCUGGAAGUCGAGGUGUCCUAUGUAGCCUGCACCACGGAGAAGAUAUUUGAGGAGAAGCGGGAGCUGUACGAUGUCUACGUGGAUAACCAGAAUGUAAAGACACACCAUGACCACCUGCAGCCCCUGCUGAAGAUCAACAGCGCGGACCGGGAGAAGUACCGCCGGCUCAAUGAACAGAGGCAGAUGCUCUUGUACUCCCAGGAAGUUGAGGGAGACUACAACCCUUGUGAAGAAGAUCUCUUUGUGCUGUUUUUCCUAGAGCAAAACAACCGGAUUUUUCAGACUCUAUUGGAGGUGUCCGCCAGUCAAGACAAAACUCUCACAGCAGAGCAUGCCCGAGGCAUGGGACUGGACCCCCAGGGAGACAGGAGCUUUCUCAUGGACCUGCUGGAGGCCUAUGGCAUCGAUGUCAUGCUGGUCAUUGACAACCCCUGUUGUCCCUAAGCCGAGUGCCACAGGACUGGUGGUGAGAUGCUCAUGUCGGGUGACAAGAACCUGGAGUGCACCCCAGGCCCUCAGCAGCUUCAGGUUUAAGUUGAUACAAAGGACCGUUUAUACUUUCCACCACAUGUAAUGUUUGCCAUUUCCUUUCUCCCCCUCAGCCCUGGGCUGAGGUGAGGCCACCUGGGUUUUGUAGCUUCUGGUUGGACACGGGAGUCUACUGUCUUCCACUACCGCUUUGGAUUUAGUCUUAGGAGUUCUGCCAGUCAGAGUGAGUCAAACUCUGGGAUGAACGGUUGAGAAAAUCUGUAUGUCUUCGUCCUUUGCUGCAUUCAAGAAUAAGAUAACCACGUGUCCUAGUGUGGCCUUAGAUGUUCGUCGGCCUAAAACCAGAAACUAAUCAGAUGACCUUUCAAGGUCACCAGGUUCUAGGGGUCAGGUUAGGAUGACCUAUGUGUCAUAGGGCAAGUCUGCACCUUCUAGGUUGACUGGAGUAGGGACCAGAGGAGGAAAACAGUGUCCCUGACAGAAUGGCAGGGAAAGUGGAAAGCUAGAAUGAAUCCUUGAGAUCCUUCCGAAAGUAAGGGAAUGACGAGUCCCCUUGGGAUGGAUGGGUUGGUGGAUUCUGAAGGUUGGUGCUGGCCCUGGACCUUACAAGCAAGUUCGUUUCACAUUUGAGUCUCUUUUGAAGGCUGACUAUGUUCUUGGAAUAACAGCUUUAAACAGGCAAGGGAAAGAAAUCUCAUGUUUCUCUGAGAGCUCUCUGGAGGGACUGUUUGCAGUCCUGAAGCAGAUACUUCUAGUGAAUUCUGAACUGUAGCCAGGGUCCGAGCUGGUUGACUCAGAGGUUGGGAUGUGGUGUGAAUAGGUCUUUUAACCAGUUUGAAACUCCCACAAACUUAUCUUUAGCAGAGACAACAUUCCUUAGGCUAAGCAAUCGGAUCCAUAGACUUAACAGAUUUGACAGGGAAAAUAUAACAGUGCCUCCCCUGCCGAGAAAUCGCAGACUAACAACCAUGUCCACUUCCUUUGGUCUAGGACGGAGCCUGCAGUCAGUCGCCCUGUUCUUUGGGGCUGGGUCACUUGUGACUGCUAGGUUACUAGAUGAGACAUUAGAUGAGAGGGCAGUUGUUAACUAUACUCAGAAAGCCAGUUCCAACGCUAGUCUCCUUAAAGACUUUGUAUUUUCAGUAAUGAUUUCUCCUAUGCUCUUCCUGCCUGCCUUCGUUAUAUGUGAAUAGCUAGCUAGCCAUCAAACAUCCACGUCUGUAGCCAAAGAGCAGCCAGGCUGACGUCCACAGCAGAGAGAACUUCCGAUGGAGGGGCUGUGCCUCUUAUCUCAAUUCUAGGUUCUAGAGGCUCACCGCUUAACUCAAGUAUUUUCACUGUAGUUCCCUGAUAAAAAAUUCAAGAGUGAAGGGAUUUGCGCAUGCAGAUGCAGAUACACACUGAUGAGUCAGGGUAACAUCUUUUCUGUAAAUAUAUAAGUAAGUUUAGGCAUUGACAUAAACUGUUUAGCUAAUAGAUUUUUCUCCUCUGCAAUGUGGGUUUAGCCAUCAUUUCAGUAACAUGUUUACAAAAAACACAGCUGUGCUCAGUGGCUGGCGUUUCCCCUGCUUCUUCCUUACGGCUGCCUUCUCCUCUUGCCCCAGGGCUGACUGAACAGGGUCUAUCUGAUGCUGAUGAAACAACACUUCUUCUAGUGAUCUCUAAGAGCUCGAAGUUGGGGGUAGAUAGCCAGAGAUAGGAAGAGCCCAUUUCUGAGGACCUCCCCAGGGCCUUCCGCUUGCCAACGCUGUUUCCUGUGCUGAUGUAAAGACAACAAGGAUGAGAAAGGUUGGCUUUUGUUAAGUUGGGCCUUGUGGGCCCUUUUUAACUAAGCUGCUGUUUUCCUGGUCUCUCUGUGCCCCACCCACCCACGGAGAGGGCCAGUGUAUGGGUGGCCCCAGAGGGAAUACAAACCAGAGACGAUGUCAUGUCUUAGGUCCUAGGUUUGGGGUUAGCUGACCCCAGAGCAGAACUUCUGGUUCAACAUCUCCUUCAGUCCUUUCCUACUUUGCCAGCAUCCUCCUGGGGCCCGAACCUGGCGCAGGCCUCCGUGUGGCUGAACAGCACGUAUGUUAGCACCUCUGUAGCCUUGGCCUCCAUUGAUCAGCUUUGGGGUAUGUUUUAGAAACGAAGCCCUGCCUGUGUCCCUGUGAAGUCUAACCAUACCAGACUGCUCCCCCAGUGGCAGUGAGCAGAUGCAAGCCUGCCUCCUACGCUGCAAGUUCCCUCUAAGGGAAGUAGUUUGUAGACUAUAGAGGAACCCCUCUACAGUGAUGGCAGAAGCUAGGAACUAGGAUUGGCUUUUUGUCACUCUUUUGAAAUACUUUCUGAAAAACCAUCUGGUUUUAUUUGGAAGAAGUUAGUUCACAUCCUUAACAACUUUCUAGGUCUGACUGUCAGCAGAGUCAGGCGUGUUUUAUUACCACUGGCCUCUAGGGAACAGGGUUAAAAACUCAGAUGUGGGUCCUGCCAGCCCUUCUGGGGCGCACUAAACCCUAUGUGUACCAUGCUGUGAACCAUGUGCCAACCCGGAAGCACUUGCUGACUUACAUUGCUGGCUACUCAGUCAUUUUUAAGUUAGAAGAAACUCCAAAUGACAACAAUCCUCAGGGGGCCCGAAAUUGGGGUUUUGGAUUUGUGGACAUUCAUAUUAAGUAUAAGAUACUAAGUAUAACAAAGGCCUCUUCAAGCGGAUGUUUUCAGUUUUGUUAGCAGAUGGUAGGUAAUACUUAGGGCUCUUUCUCCAGAAGGAGUAAAAAAAAAAAUAGCAGAGCUUAUCUCCUACCAGUCUUCAAAGGAAGGGCAAGUCAUUGCUUGGUAUUAGCUUUGGCUUUAAACAUGAAGCCUUCCCUGUGCUGGGCACGCAUCCAGGCCAGUGUCAGUGUCCUACCUGGGGCCCAUAUGGCCCCGCCAGUUAGGAGUACAGUAUGACAGGAGGCAUUUGCCUCCCACACCUCCCACCCAGGCUAUGGGAGAGAAGCUGUUCUCAUUGCUGUGACAGAAGUUAGGAUAGGAACUUAAAACUGUACCUUCCCUUGCUGGGAAGCACAGGAAAACCAUGAGAAAGGUAAGAGUGACACUCAGAUACAGUAAUGCCAAGUGCUUCAUGGGAAAGUUCACUUACAUAAUUAUCUAACAUAUUUGAGCUAGAAGAUAAAGGUAAAGUAAAUCAUAGCUAAUUGCUGUCUUCCUGGGGUGGGGGGGUGGUAAGGGGGAUGAACUUGCUCUGUCUAGAGGCGCUGAAAGCCUACCGGUGUAGUGAGAAGGUAAAAACGAACUUAGCCUUCCACGGGGACUUUCAGGAGACCUUUAAAGGGUGGCAGCCAGUUAGCCUUUGGGUGGCAAACACUAUCCUCGUAGAGAUGCAGGAACUCAGGAACUGUCUUUCUCUUCAACUGCACAAGAGGAGAGUGGACUGAGGGGCCCUCUCCAGGUCCAGUGUGAUGGUCCUUGCAGUGGUAAGGAAGGGAUACAGGGUGUGAAUGAGUAGAACUAUAGGGUGAUGCUGAGUUUCACGGUGAACUCGCCUUACCGUGAGAAGAGUUUGAAAACGAACAAGAACAUCUGUAGGAAGACCGCCAGGCUGUCCAGGGGCUGCUACCUUCCCGUUAGACCUCUAGACUAGCAGGCUGUGAUUCUGAGAGCUGUCGAGCCCUCUCCUCCCUCCCCCAUAGCUAAUAGUUCCACUCCAUGGGGAGGAUCCUUAAAGCCCAUGGGCUUACCUCAGCAGGCCCAGUCUCAUCCCUUCUCAUGAAAAUCCUUUUCUGAUUCGGGUAGGGGGAGGGAAGGAGCUGAGGACUCCCUUAUACCCAAGUCAUGGGUUUUGACUAGUCUACUUUAUUGCUAAUAUACCUCUGUUCCCAGGAGCUACUGGAGUACUGAGUAUUGGGAAAAUACUGUGAAUUAAGGUAAUGUUUCCUAUGAGAAACGAAGUCUAUUUUUAUACCAAUGUUGCUGAGUGGUGAAUUGAGUACUAAAGUGUUGAAAUGGAAAGGAACUGCAAAGUUAUAAUCUAAGAAGGAAUGGGCAGCUUUAUAGUUUGAUAGCAGCUGAGGCUCUUAGAGGUGUCCCCUUCCAUGACAGUGUAUUGAAGCCUGAGCACAGACUCUGAUGUAUUUUUUCAGCAGCACUGGUUGGCCUGGGAAGGAUGAGAUGGGCACCAACCUUGGGUGAAGCUCCAGGACAGAGGCAGUACAUGCUGUCUCUCAAUGACUGCUCCCUCUUGGUCAAGGGAGAGGGUGGGAAUGGGAGGUGGCUUUCUACCGGGCACUUUAAUUCACUCUAGCGGCUGGAAGUCGGGUGAUGUUGUACAUUUAGAAAAGGAGUAGGAAUUUCCUGGUGCUAUAGAGAAACGAAGAUGGGAGAAAUAAAACUCUGCUUUCGUCUCUUUAGAACUUAGUCUAGAAUUUCAACAUGGCCCCGGCUCUUAGAACCAUGUGGACUUCACUUCUGAAAGGUUUACAGCAGAGGGUUUCUUUACAUUUGUAACAGGUGUCUGCCUAGUCUAAUGGCGAGUUUACUUUGCUUCCAAAUGAUGCUGGGGCUUACGGGGGUAGAAUAGGGUUUUAUAAAUUGUGCAUAGAUGGAAUUUCAAAGUGAAAAGCCCAUACAGAGCAAAUAUAUUUAACCGACAUUGUAUCUGGGUAAAUUAAGCAAGGAUAUAUGAAAGUUAGGAAAACGAACUUGGUGUUUGCUGUGUCCACAUCAGCCAUCAGAAAUGGGGGAUUCUGGGCUCCUGAACUGCCAGCAUGAGUGGCUUCUGGGACCUGGGAUGGAGGUAAACAAAAACAACUUCCUUGAUUUGUCCAAAACUUGCUGGCUAAAUUUUUGUGUAAGUCUGGAAUAUAAUCCUUUCCUGAAAAUGAAAUAGUUGUAACCAAGAAAAUCUGUUUUCCUAGUUGUUUUUUUUCCUUUUCUUUUUAAAACAUAAGUGUCCCUGUUGCCUUAAAUGUAAAAACCUAUUUUGAGUAAUAACCCCAGCCUAAGAGUUAUAGCAAUAAGAGACCCUAAUCUAUUUUUGUUUCAAGUCUUUACCUCACAUGACAAAGUCAGAAGGAUAACUGGUAAGUUUUGUCUGGGCACUACUGCAGAGCGAUGAAUCCUCUCUCUGUCUCCAGUUGUGUAUUUACAGACCUGAAGAAAGCUGGACUUAACCCUGAGGCUAAGUGUAAAUGUUUCCUGAAUUGAUUCUUUCUGUGGUACAAGUGACACCUGUGUAUAUCAUAUCUGUAUAUAUCUGAACCAAGUUAUGUGCAGAGGUUGAUAAUAACUAUAUUUACAAAAAAGCCCCAAUUUUUACAAUUAAAGUUCACAUUUUAACAUGA